UGUCACAUUUGUCAUACGUCAGUACAAAAAAUCAAAAAUUCAUAAAGAAAAAAUGAUUAGAUGAAGUUUGUGAAAUACUUUGCUUGUUUCUCUGUUAUAAUUUAAGUUUUUUGGAAUGAACAGUGUUAGGUAGAUUUAAGUUUUAUUCAUUAAAAACCAGACAAUAUUAUGGUUAGUUGUGUAGCUUGUGGUUGUUCUGCAAUCAAUAAAACCAAAAAGGAAGGAACUACAUUUCAUAGGUUUCCUAAAAAUCCUAAACAAAAAAAAUUAUGGAUCGAAUUUCUAAAUAAACCAAAUUUUGACCCAUUGGCAAACCAUUUUCUAUGUUCCAAACAUUUUAAAGAUGACUGUUUUGAUCGAACUUCACUUUUGAAAGUAAGACUCAAACCUGAUGCUGUCCCGACAAUUAGGGUUAGCAGAUUGAAGUAUUGCAGAAAUUACAAUCCAACUAUCUUAGAACAUGUAGAUGUGCCAGAAAUUAAAUCCGAAAUAGAGGGAACAGAUGAUAUGGAAAUAUUAACCAUUAUAGGACAUUCUGCUUCUACAACGAAUCGUAAUUCCCCAGUUCCAGUAGUUUCCUCAACAAUAGGAAAUAGUUCAGAUCGAGAUACUCCUCAGAAACAUAUAUUGAAAUUACAAAUAUCUGAUUUGCAGGCUACGAAUAUGUUGAAGAGCAUUAAAUUAAGGGAAUUGCAGAAAGUAACGUGGCGACAAAACAAAAAAAUUGCGUCUUUAAAGUGCGAAGUAGAGGAGUUGAAACAGAAAAAUACAUUAUUAGAACAGGAAAAUGUAAUGCUAGAACAUUAUAAUCAAAAUAACGAUGUAGAAAUGCCUAAAAAUAAGGACAAUGUUGAAACUCUUACUAUAGAAAUUGUAGAAGAAGAAUUGGAAUUGUAAUAUUUUAAAUUAGAAUAUAAUAAAUAUUUUUAUUAAUGAGAG